CUUGGGCCGCGCCUGGUUGUUAUGGGAACACCCCGCUCGCGCAGAGGCCCGCCUUCGGGGUGGGGCCGGCAUCUGGUCCCACCCCUCGUGUAUUCGAUUUCCGCUCGGGGAAAGGCUGCUUCCGGUCCCUGGCUCGUUUUUCGGCAAGAUGGCGGCGCGGCCCACGUUGAGGGUGUUAGCCCUGGCCGGCUUCCGGCAGAGCGAGCGGGGCUUCCGCGAGAAGACGGGAGCGCUGAGGAAGGCGCUACGGGGCCGCGCCGAACUCGUGUGCCUCAGCGGCCCGCACCUGGUCGCGGAUGCUGCGGGCCCCGAGGGCGCCGGGCCGGACUCCGAGCCCUGCCUUCCGGAGGAGCAGCCCCGAGGCUGGUGGUUUUCAGAACAGGAGGUAGACGUUUUCAACGCCCUGAGCCAGCCCACAGUAUGCAGAGGUCUGGAGGAAGCCUUGGGAACUGUGGCACAGGCACUGAAGAAACUGGGACCUUUUGAUGGGCUCCUUGGUUUCAGCCAGGGAGCCGCGCUGGCAGCCGUUGUGUGUGCUCUUGGCCAAGCUGGCGAUCCCCGCUUCCCCUUGCCAAGGUUUAUCAUCCUGGUAUCUGGUUUCUGUCCCCGAGGCCUUGGACUCAAGGAACCCAUCCUGCAGUGCCCCUUGUUACUGCCUUCACUACACGUUUUUGGGGACAGUGACUGCGUCAUUCCCUCUCAGGAAAGUAUGCAGCUGGCUAGUCAAUUCACUGGAGCCAUCACCCUCACCCACUCUGGUGGCCACUUCAUUCCAGCAGCUGCGGCCCAGCGUCAGGCCUACCUCAAGUUCUUGGACCAGUUUGCAGCGUGAAAGAUGAACAAAUGGCUCUGCCCCUACUUCCCC